CAAACUCACACACAUAAACUGAUAAACAGAAACAAAAACAAAAGAAAAAAGAUGGGAAUCAUUAGUAAGAGUGUUUCUCUAACUCUCUUAGCACUUUUAUGCUUCACUUCAUCUGUUUUCACCUUAGGAGUGAAUCAACCUGGUUCAUCAGAUCCCUUCCAUAGCCAUCCCCAUCACCUUCCCAUACCUCCGGUCACAUUACCAACUCUCCCACCGGCCAAAGCUCCCAUCAAACUACCAACACUCCCACCGACCAAAGCUCCGAUCAAACUACCAACUCUUCCACCGGCCAAAGCUCCCAUCAAACUACCAGUCUACCCACCAGCCAAAGCUCCGAUCAAACUACCAACUCUUCCACCAGCCAAAGCUCCGAUUAAGUUACCAACUCUCCCACCGAUCAAACCUCCAGUUCUCCCACCAGUUUACCCUCCUAAGUACAACAGGACCCUAGUGGCCGUUCGAGGUGUGGUCUACUGCAAAGCCUGCAAGUAUGCGGGCGUCAACAACAUCAAAGGCGCUAAACCCGUUAAAGAUGCGGUGGUGAGACUUGUGUGCAAGAACAACAAGAACCCAAUAUCGGAGACAAAGACGGACACGAAGGGAUACUUCAUGCUCUUGGCCCCUAAGACGGUGACCAACUACGAUAUCAAAAAUUGCCGAGCUUUCCUCGUGAAGUCGCCGGACGCCAAAUGCAGCAAAGUGUCAACGUUCAAUGGUGGAUACAAGGGCUCCGUUCUAAAGCCGGUCUUGAAACCAGGAUUUUCCUCAGCCAUUAUCAAAAAGUUCAAGUACGGUGUUUACAACGUUGGUCCAUUCGCAUUCGAACCUACCUGCCCCAAAUGAGAUGGUUUUAAUAGCUACUUAUACUUUUAUUAAUUAAUGUUUGUGUUGGAUGCAUCAGCUUGGGUUCUUUGUAUGGGAUUUUGUGUUAGUGUCUUUCAAAUUUGCUUCUUAAAUAAAAAAACGGUGACGAU